CAUCAUUGCCCCGUCAGCUAGCUCCUUUGUUCCCCAUAUGGCACACUUACCCUUUGUGCUAGCUUGUUCUCUAACUCUAUUGGCUUCUUCAGUAGCCUCUGGGGCAAUUGUUGAGCAUUCUUUUAGUGUGAACAACUUGACUGUUAGCCGAUUGUGCCGGAAUCAAUCGAUUAUUGUAGUAAAUGGGUGCUAUCCCGGACCAACAAUACAUGCACGAGAUGGAGACACACUUAUCGUCCACGUUUUAAACCAGUCGCCCUACAACAUUACUAUUCACUGGCAUGGAAUCUUUCAGCUUCUAAGUGCAUGGGCAGAUGGAGCUGCAUAUGUAACUCAAUGCCCUAUACGCCCUGGACAAAGCUUUACUUACAAAUUUAAUAUCACCAGACAAGAAGGCACCCUUUGGUGGCAUGCCCACAUUUCGUGGCUCCGCGCAACCGUCCACGGCGCACUCAUAAUCCACCCGAAAGCCGGUCCAUCCUUCCACUUCCUCAAGCCCACCGAAGAAGUUCCCAUCUUAUUAGGAGAGUGGUACAAUGGUAAUGUUGUUGACAUUGAGGAAGAAGGCUUGGCUACCGGAAUUGCUCCUAAUAGUUCAAAUGCUUACACCAUAAAUGGACUUCCUGGUGAUCUAUACGAAUGCUCUCAAAAUCAGACAUAUCAACUCAGUGUGGUGAGAGGAGAUACCUACCUCCUACGCCUAAUCAACGUUGCACUCAAUAACCAACUCUUCUUCAAGAUAGCCAAUCACAAGAUGAUAGUUGUUGCCAUCGACACCACCUACACCACUCCAUAUGUCACUGACGUGGUGGUUACUGGACCUGGUCAAACCACUGAUGUUCUUGUCAAAUUCAAUCAACCUAUCGGAUCUUAUUACAUGGCCGCCACUCCGUAUGCUAGCGCGAACAUCGACUUUGAUAACACAACCACCAGAGGCAUCAUCGUCUACAAGAACUCCAAGUCAUCAACCCCCAUUAUGCCAGCCUUGCCCAACCCUCACGACACGUCGUUGGCCCACAAGUUCUAUACUAAUCUCACUUGCCUCAUCGGCGGGCCUCAGUGGGUCCCGGUCCCACUUCAAGUGGACAAGCACAUGUUCGUGACAAUCGGCAUGAACUUGGAAAUGUGUCCCAAAAAUGCCACAUGUCAAGGCCCACUCUUUAGUCGAUUGUCCGCUAGCAUGAACAACGAGUCAUUCGUGCUUCCGAGCGAUACAUCAAUGAUGGAAGCACAUUUUAACAACGUGAAUGGGGUUUACACCAGAGAUUUUCCUGACGAGCCUCCGGUAAAGUUUGAUUACACGAACACGAAUGUCAGCUUCAACCCAUCGUUAAUAUACGCACCAAAAUCUACCAAGGUCAACACGCUAAAGUUCAAUUCGACGGUAGAGAUCGUGCUUCAAAACACAGCAUUUUUGGCUAUCGAGAACCAUCUUAUCCAUCUCCACGGCUUCAAUUUUCAUGUGUUGGCACAAGGGUUUGGUAACUACGACCCGAUUAAUGACCCCAAAAAAUUCAACUUCGUUAAUCCGCAAAUCCGUAACACAAUUGGUGUGCCGGUCGGAGGAUGGGCUGUGAUUAGGUUUCAAGCAAAUAAUCCAGGAAUCUGGUACAUGCACUGUCAUUUGGACGUUCAUCUGUCAUGGGGCCUAGGCUUGGCUUUUGAGGUUGAAAAUGGACCUACUCUAGAAUCUACUUUGCCUCCGCCACCACUUGACCUGCCCAAAUGUUAGAAGUUGUUUGGAAGAGACCUCAAAAUAUUGUUUCGUUUUUUGUACUCUUUGAUUUAUAACAUCGUGGUCAAUUUCAUUCUUUUGGUUAGAAAUCAAUAACUUUGUAAUAAAAUUAGUCACAAAUGUUAUAAGUUGGUCAUCAUUGUUCGACUAAAAUCACAAUAGAUUGUUUGAUUACUAAUAUUUGAUGUGUCCUAAUUUAUUCA